AGCCUGGCCCAGCUAGAGAACCUGUGCAAGCAGCUCUAUGAGACCACGGACACGGCCACGCGGCUGCAGGCGGAGAAAGCCCUGGUGGAGUUCACCAACAGCCCCGACUGCCUCAACAAGUGCCAACUGCUCCUCGAGAGAGGCAGCUCCUCCUACUCCCAGUUACUGGCAGCCACCUGCCUUACCAAACUGGUGUCACGCACAAACAACCCCCUGCCCCUGGAGCAGCGGAUAGACAUCCGGAAUUAUGUUCUGAACUACCUGGCCACGAGGCCGAAGCUGGCGACGUUCGUGACGCAGGCGCUGAUCCAGCUCUACGCCAGGAUCACCAAACUGGGCUGGUUCGACUGCCAGAAGGACGAGUACGUCUUCCGCAACGUCAUCGACGACAUCACCAAGUUCCUGCAGGACAGUGUAGAGCACUGCAUCAUAGGAGUGACAAUCCUGUCCCAAUUAACAAAUGAAAUUAAUCAAGCGGACACCACGCACCCCCUGACCAAGCACAGGAAAAUCGCCUCUUCCUUCCGCGACUCCUCGCUCUUCGAUAUCUUCACCCUCUCCUGCAGUUUACUCAAACAGGCUUCUGGGAAGAACCUGAACCUGAACGAUGAGAGCCAGCACGGGCUGCUGAUGCAGCUGCUCAAACUCACCCACAACUGCCUGAACUUCGAYUUCAUCGGCACCUCCACGGACGAGUCCUCGGAUGAUCUGUGCACUGUGCAGAUCCCAACCAGCUGGAGAUCAGCAUUUUUGGAUUCUUCGACCCUUCAGUUGUUUUUUGAUCUUUAUCAUUCCAUCCCUCCUUCGUUUUCUCCUCUGGUGUUGUCGUGUUUGGUGCAGAUCGCCUCCGUGCGCCGCUCGCUCUUCAACAACGCCGAGAGAGCCAAAUUCCUGUCUCAUCUCGUGGAUGGAGUCAAACGGAUACUGGAAAACCCCCAGAGUUUGUCAGACCCCAACAAUUACCACGAGUUCUGUCGCCUGCUGGCCCGGCUGAAGAGCAAUUACCAAYUGGGGGAACUGGUGAAGGUGGAGAAUUACCCCGAGGUGAUCCGGCUCAUCGCCAACUUCACCGUCACCAGCUUGCAG